ACAGUGAGGACGUCAGCGACUCACCUUCCGUGACAUUGUUAUUGUGGCGUUCGGCUGGAUUAUCUUCAGUUUACUCGUUUGCCUGCGAUCGAUGGGGAGUGAAACCACGACAGCAACAAAAUACAACGAAAAUAUCACGUGAUACAAGCCAAAGAGACGGACAAAGCGCGUGCAGUUGAGAAAAGAGCAGCGUCAGUACACGACCUUGAGCUGGCGUUCACCGAGGUCUAGGUCACGGAAGUUAGUGCGUCAAUGACGGCGAAGGCUGCGUGUGUGCGUGUGUGUGUGUGAGAGCGAGACUCUGACGCUACUAGAAGCUUCAACCCUCGACUAAAAAUAACGACCUGCUGCAGUAUUGCUUAUAUAUAUCUACGCUUUCAGUCGGCUACAGCUCGGGUGCCGCUCCGGUCUUCACCAUGCUGAGAGGUGCUGGCCACCAGCCCUCGUCAACACUAACACCCGCCUGCCCCGUGCACGAGCCGGUGAGUAGAGAGACAGUGAGUGAACAUUAUGGCCGUCACUGAUCCUGUCAUCUCACGCCGACUGCAGCAACAGCAUACAGAGUGCGAUUCUUCUCUCAUCUCAUCGGCCUCAGACGUGGCCCUCGUUUCGGAGCGUGUCGGUGCUGGUGUUGGUGGUGGUGUUGGUGUAGUGUGUUGCACCGGAGACGCGAAGGAUGUACUUCUGCCCAUGCUCGUGUGCUAAAGCGGACGCAGAAGGCGAAGAGGAUGUGUUAAUCUGUUUGCCACGGAAUCUGUCGUAUUCUGGCGAGAGUUACUUGGACCGUUUCAGUGUCAGUUCUGCGUACGUGCACAACUCCAAGCGUGAGCGGCAGUUGCUGCAGACUGAUGUAGAGGAACAUUACCGCAGUCACGGCGCCGCUGCUCGCGCCGAACAGCUGCUGCUGGAACAGACGCUAGCACUACAAUCUGAGUCGUUGCAAGGACACGACAGACCGGAACUGAAACUCCAUCAACCGUGUACCAGCUGCGCCAUGGCGGACAGCCUAGGGGAAGCCAUGGCGAUGACACUAGGGUCAAAGGGCGGUCCGGAAAGCGCGAACGUGAGUGUUGAGAACACCAUGACCCUCCCUCCGUCCCCUAUUAUCAGUUCUUCCUACCCGCUUAUGCAACUGAAAGUGGAUCGGAGUGUUACCCCGGACGAACGAGACCAUCCCCAUGAUUAUUUAAACAGCCUGGCGGUGGAGUCCCCCGACUCGGACUUGACCAGCGAGGAGGGCAUUUUUGUCAACAUGAUGGACGAUCUGGAGGUAGACGACGGCGUUAACGGCAAGUCGACCAUCAGUGAGGCCAGCGACGACACAUGCGUGUCGGGGGAUUCGCUGUACUACAGUCCCGAGGAGGCGGACUGUCUGGAAGACGAUGCGGCAAGGAGCGACGAGGUGCUGUCCUCGCUAGAAGAGGCCGUACAGCAGGUCGCCAGCGACCUCGAGGCUGCUUCGCCUUUCGCUGACCCGGAGGACAGCAGCGGGCAGGCCGCAGUCACCACCGACCUCCAGAUCACUGUCGAUGACCUGGAGGACUGCAGCGAGCAAGCCUCCGCGGCCAGGUCGGAGCAAGACCUUGGCGACAUCAUCGACGACACGCCUUCGAUUCCUUCUGACGACUACUCCGCCUCGUGCAACAUUUUCGACCUCCUGUCCCCGGAGAGCCCCGUGUAUCAAGACCGCGAGUUCAACUUCACGCGCACGGAACUGCGCAAGUCCACGUCCCUCAAGAGCAAGAAGACCCCGCCAGGGACUCCGCGGCGUAAGAAAGUAGUGCGCUUCGCGGAUGCCAUGGGCCUCGAUCUGGAGUCCGUGCGUCACAUCCUCAACCUGGAGUCGCCCCCCAAGAUCCCGGCCUCGGCCAUGGCUGACCUGCAGGCCGGGCUGAGGCUUGACCGCAAGGACAUGGGCACCAAGCACCUGAUGCCGUGCUUCGAGCAGCCGGGCUGCAGCGACACCUUCGUGCAGCGCGUGAUGCGCGACAAGGUCUGCCUGGAGAACGCCGUGGCCAUCACCGGCACCACCAUCACCGGGGUCGUGCGGGUGGCCAACAUCGCUUUCCACAAAAAUGUUCGCGUGCGCUUCACCACCAACGGGUGGACGACGUUCCACGACAUCACCACGUCAUACGUCAUGGGCUCCAACGACGGCGCCACCGACCGCUUCAGCUUCACCAUCGUCCCGCCCCCCGACAUGACGGUGGGCUCUCGCCUGGAGUUUGCCGUCUCCUUCAACGCCAACGGUUGUGACUACUGGGACAGCAACUUCGGCAACAACUACGUCUUUGAGUGCUUCGCCAAGACUCUUCCCACGGAGGCGGAAAACUCGUGGAUCCAUUUCCUGUGACGUGGAGGGUCACGUGGGCUCAUCCGAACCGCUUUCUUCGUGCGUGUGUGCGUGAUGCUGCCGGUGUUUGUUGGCAGAUACCAGAGCUGUGAUGCGUGAUCAUAAUCCGGGCUUCUCUACCUACCUAGCGCGUGGCCUGCGUCGGUGUUCGUCACCAGGAACAUGCGUUACAAGCUGUGUUUGUUUUCUUUUGGUUUAGCUAAACGGUUUCGGUCUGCACGAGCCUGUGUUUACUACAGAACGAACAUCAACACGUGUCACAGGGUACAGAACUGAAGAAGAUGUGGAAGGAGGCAAAAGGGGGAAAUUGCUGUGAAGAAAGACCUUUGACCUGUGAGACCAAGACUUGCCAUCAGCUGGGUGAUCGGUGGACGAGUGCUUUUCGUGUUUUGAAUCAGGAAUGAAACCGUCCCAGCCUGACCCCUGAUUCGUGACCUAUCGAAGAUGGCACAGGACGUUGUAAACUAUUUUGCCAAAAUAUGUGCAAAGUGUAGAUAUUUGUUACUGCAGGAAAGAAUGCCACAGGUAAAAAUUUGUGUGUUCGUGUUGUUGACACAUUAUGUCGAGAUCACACACACACAUACACAUACACACACAUACACACACACAUACACGCUUAUCGUAGGUACACGCUGUCUUUAGUUCUGUUAAGAUGAACGCAAUAAAUAAUAAGUUUGUUGUUGUUUACAGAGCUAUAGAACUUGAUAGAUUACUAUCAUAGCUCGCAGCCAAGCCUGUCUCUUGUUACAGCCACCAUCUUGUUACACAGACACCAUCUUGUUACACAGUCACCAUCUUGUUACAGCCACCAUCUUGUUACACAGACACCAAAGAGCUCAGAUGCUAGAGUCUUUCCCUUCCUGUGAUAUCAACAAGUUUAUUGUCUUGAUCGUGUUGUAGAGGUGUAGGAGAAAUGUUUACAAACUGUUGUUUAUCAGCAUUGUUUAUGUCAUCGUCCGGAGUCCGGAGUGAGCAAGGAAUUGACAGUGAGCACCACUCACCGCCCCCUUUCCUCCUGCUUUCUGAGAGAACUGAACUUGCCAUUCCUUGAGCGGCGCCGCCUGGUCUUUGAUCACUUCUCUGGUGUUGCCAUGGAGCCGCGAGGCGCACCCAUGCGUGACUGUGAUCGCGGAAUGUCACUGGACGUGAACUGGUGAGGCAGGCGCCAUGUUGGGUACUUACCUGCACACCUGUGUCGGCCAGCUCAAAGUGUAGUGUUGAGUUGUGUGCUUUCUCUUGUUGGAGUUGUCUGAUAGACCUCAGUUCUACUUUCUUGGCUUACCUUUGUUACAAGCAUGAUUAUAUUUAGUCUUACUAUGUACUGUAUACAUAUAUAUACAUAGUUUCAUGUACCUAGGUGUUUAUGUGAUCUUACUCGGUCUCUUGUUACUAAUAUUAUUAUUUCCAAUAAUUGUUUUAAUGUGAUAACCAGAGUGUAUUUACCAGCGAGUGAAUAACAAUCCAGACACCUGAAGCAUGUUUGUGAUUUUGUUGAUGUUCGAAAGUCACUGACCGCCUACUUACAAAACGAAAACAAAAUAGUUCAUGAGGUCAAUCCGUGCACACACACACACACUGGCCCCUGGCACCGACUGCCAGUCUCCAGGUCAGACCCUCAGAAUAUUUCAGACACUUUGGAUCGCCACCAAGUCUGUGCACGAGGCCGACACGAGUUUUCCUUCCGCUUUGGCGAUGAGUGACGAGACUUGUUGAGAACAGACCGACACGGUCCUCGACAUCAAGGAGCCAAUCACAGCAUGCAGCAACACCACAAGUAAACAUUUGUUAGUAAAUAAUAAAAUGAAAGUAAAAACAACAAUAAAGCAACCUAACAAACCAAGGAAGCGUGUAUCUAUAAGCACCGGGAAUGCUGGAGUUAAGAAAACAAAACUAAGAAUAUGUAGAAAGAAAAUAUACCCGACUGACACUUUAUGGGUACUCAGUGACUUUUGAUCAUCCUCUCUAUUCGCGGGGAAGUUGGACUUUAAAAGUGUAUUUCACUCCUGUCAGCUGUCUGUCAGUGUGUUCACAGUCUCUGAAGCUUUGUCUGAUCCUCUGUAGCAGAAUAUUGUGAACCUGGCGUUGCUGUGGAUGCCAGACUAUUUCCAGCUGAAGCAGGUAGAUACAGACAGAGGAUGUAGACUGUAAACAGAUUCUUUUGUGACAAACAAACGCAUGCAACUGCAUGAUGGUUGCGACUGUUGCUGUUCGCAACACAGCACAGACACAGACAACUCUGGCACUGUGCCGAGCAGGUGUCGGUGCUGUGUUGGCAGUUGGUGACAGUUGUGACGUGUGGCGAGGCCGGGGGUCAGCCAAGCGUGCAGCUGUGCAUCUUACUGUGCAGUACAGAGCUGACCUGUGUACCCACAGCUGUCAGUACCUACCCGCCGCCCACCCUUUGUACAGCUGCCCACACCGUUCACACUUCACUUCUUCAAAUUGUUUAUUAACUUCACAAUUCACAUCUGCGUACGUCUGCAGGCUGUUGUACAGGUAUUCACUUGUCAGGUGAACACGCGCGUGGUUACAUGGUUGAAAUAUUUUGUACAUCUGAGUCAACCUGUAGAGCACGUGGUGCAGCUGUACAAGGCAUUACUCAUGCCGAAUAUGGCGGGCAGUGUAGGACAGCUGUCGAUAUACUGGCUGAUGGCGAGACUAGUCUGUGGUAUCCGGUGCAGCUGUGUUACAGCUGUGUUGCAGCUGUGUAACUGUGAUUGUUUUUUAACUGGUGUGCAAUGUGUGAAUAACUCACAAGUUAUACCGAACUUCCUGUUGUACAAACAGCUGUUAGCAGUUCAAUGUCACGGUUCAUCGAAUGUACUGUAUGUAUUUAUGUUGUGGACUUCCUGUCACGAGCAGCCAUUGUAAGACUUUGUUGCCGAGUGUAUAUACUGUAUGUAUGUACACCAGUGGCAGGACCUCGCUGGAUGCAGUAUGUUUACAAUUUUUUGGUGGUUGGUGCUGGGUGAGGGAGGGGGCGGUCAUGUGGUGGAUUUUGUUAUCUGCGAGAAGUAUACUUUGAGACACACGGCAUGUAUAUGGGUUGAGUCACCGAAUGUAGGUCAAGCCAAGACCGUGCAGCGCCAAACUAGGUCACAGAACUUGCCAGCAGUUUCGACUGUGCUCACUGCGCUGCAGACCGCAGUUGCUUUUUUUCGGGAUGGAUGUGAUCUGUUAAACAGUUUUGUCUUGUGUAGACAACCUGUAGACGUUUUGUUAGACUGAUGGUUGUACAGUUGUAUAGAAUACAUCCUUCAACCAGUGUCCUGUCUGUUGUGCCAAGUGUUAGCGGUGUACUGACUGUGAGCGCUGUAGUCUACACUAUCUACCUCCCAUCAGGUAUUCAGUCCCUCAAAUAUUGCGUCUCUUCAAAUAGAAUCGGAGAGCGAAAAGCGAUCUUUCGUGUGGUACACAGUCAAGGAGCAGUCAAAGAACAGUCCAAGCUCUCUGUCUCGCAGUUCAGUAGCCCAUACACCGAUGGUCAAGUAUGGCCGGUCAGAGGUCAUCAUGAGCCGACAUUAAUCCCGGUCUGAGGCUACUGGGUUCUGUCGCCCCCUCAACACAGGAGGGUGUGGCAGAGACAAGAGCAGGUUCCAGUCAAUAAUUGUAGGUAGAGGGGCUUAGACUAAUGAUGAGAUUUAGCUUUCAGGUGUGUGUAUGUGUGUGAGAUAGAGAGAGUACUUUUCCUCUAUGAUUUAUUUAUCAAAAUUUUGUUUAGUUUGAUAUCUGUUGGCGAAAGACACAUUGCGGCUAGGUAGCAGACAAGAAUUUCAAACAUUUAUAUCUUCGAAAGGCGAAAAACCCGGUACAACUGCCCCAUCAUGAGGACCUGCCAUACAGUCCACCAACCCACCCCACUAGCCGCCCCCUCUACUCCACCCCGACAGUCACACCAUCUGGUGUAAACACAAGUUUAGUAUUAGAAAGCCGAUGAGUUUAAAAGUUUAGUCGGGUACAUUUUCCACCCAAUGACUGGGUAUAUCUCUGAGACUCCUCAAGCCUGGGUGAAGAUUCCCUAUGUUCUCGACAUGCGCGCCUACAAACAUCGCCAUACUCCACAGGACAAGUCGGCAGCACUUCAGAGUUGUACAUCAGCACAUGGAUACGUUGACGUUGUCAAGACUACAACCAAUGGGAGAGCUGGCAUCAUAUGCUAAUUAGGCGUGUCUGUGUACAAACGUGACGUCACGAUUUUGACCUCAUUGUGGUUGGUGAUGUUUGUAGUCGCGUAUCUCUUAAUUAAGAGUAUGUUGUAAUGUAAGUACAUGAAAUUUUUGUCACCUAGAUUGAGAUUUCUGUGUGUGAGGAGGGUGUGGGUGGGGUGGGUUUUACGGCUGAGUCUUGUCGUUUGCCGAGGCUUGUGCCUCAGGAAAUCCAAAGAAGAUUUUAGCAAAGGUCAUUUCCAAGCAGAUUAAAAACCCUGAUAAUUAGGAGUGUUUAAUCCAUUAAUCCAUAGUGCAGCCAUCGGAAAACGAUAAAAAUAGUUUGUCUGCGUUGUUUGCUUCAAGUUCUAAACAUUGCAACAUUUGUAAUACUUUGUGUCGAGGCUCAAUACUUUUAUUUUAGCAGGGGCAAAAAUUAAACUUGGAUAAGAAAAACCGGUUCAGCCUUUAACAGGUCAUAGACACGCAUCAUUCUUUGACAGGCUUUCGAUAAAUGAAAGGGUGAAGCAUCGCUGGGUCCACAUCGCUCCCAGGCGGUAAACACCAACAGGUGUGACGUCACACUAGUGCAGACCACAGGCUGUCGGGACUGAGAUCACGCACGCACACCUACAUGUGCGUGAUAUGCCUGAUGUAUACAUGUAUACAUAAACUUUUCUCAAGUGUGGAGCUCGCUGUAUAUUUUGUUGAAAGAUAUAAAUACAAAAUUAUAUGAGAUAUAAAAAUAUAAGUUAUAUAUUCCUAUAAACUUCUAAUUAUCUCAAAAAUUAUCUUCAAGAGGUCUCAAUAGGUUUUUUCCCCGCAAAGAUGUCCCCCCACUCCAGUGUUUGAUGUAAUUAUCGUUAGAAGACCAAAGCACCUGCUGGCAGCCCAGAUGUCACUCAGGUACAGACAUUUGUAUCCUACUUUAUCAAAGUAAACUGUUUUAACAGACUACUUCUUUUGUUUCCGCCACGACACCAGUGUUGUUCAAUGUUAAAGAUUUGUUCAACUUGUUCCUCAAUAAGAAACUAGAAUUGUAUUUUGUUAGAGUUGAAUAGUCGCCAUGGACAAAUCCGUUUUUGUGAUGUCUGCCAUGAAAGCACGUGCACGCACGCACUGUGCGCACAUCAGAUGCUUGCAGGGUUGGACCGCUUGUGUAGUCGCUUGUAGACAGGUCUUCACUGUAUUGCUGUACAUGCAGGGCUUCUGCUUACGCAAAACAUUGCGUACAGUACGCAUUAAAAGUUCGGAGGACCCCUUCAAUUUUCGUCAAUGGGGUCCCUUCAAAUUUGGGCGAAGAACAGGGACCCUUAAAAAUCUGAAGAAGGGGUCCCUGGGACCCAAAGAAUUUAGCCUUAGCAGAAGCCCUGAUAUGUAUGUACAACAGCCAUAGCAUCAGUAACUGAAACAGCAGUAUCACAUGUUUUGACAUUUCUCAGGACUGCAUCAUGCGCCUCCGUCUCCUCCCUCCACCCUAAAGUUUUUUUUAAAAUGUGCUUUAAGAUACCCUGCACCCGGACUUCUCAACAAGACACGGUCUGAUGACUUUGUCUUCUCAGGACUCUCAGGUUCCUCUAUUCAAAUUAUUUAUCCACAUUUUUAGGCGAAUUCUGCAGUUACACCCGCAUUGUGACACAGAACCUCAAACAAUGUCCUCUGUGACCUGUCAUCGGUGUUUGUCAACAGGCUUUGUUGUCAGGUUGUUUGAAGACAGGUACUCUGCUGUAACGAGCUUUUUCCACCUGGGAUGAACUGAGAUGAAUGUUUUAGAGGAAAAUCUGUCCAUAAUCACUAUUUUCUGUGUGUUGAUAUCAAGGGAAAAGAAAUAUACUGAAGGAUAUGUGAUAUUUAGUACAUGAGGAGGAUGUAAGGGUCUGGUUGAUGAAGCAGACUUGAAGAUGUUAUCUUUCCACCAAAGAAAUAUUUCACAAAAUCAGUUUUGAAUGUUUCCUAAGAACGACUGAAAAGAGGAAAUGAAAGGAUAUUAUAAAAAGCUUAAAUAACGAAAGCAAACAAAUGUAAAAUGUAAAUAACCUAUUAAGUGUAACCUAAGUAAUAUUUUUUAAUCUCGUGGGUGUUGAAAUCAUAACCGCUGUAGGCUGUUUGUACCCUGAAUAAACAAUAAUCCUUGCGACAGCAUUGUGUACACCUUCAGCCAUAUUGAGUUACCUGAUGCAUUGUCAGGGUAGAUCCGAGGGUCAGUUGAAGUGUAACUGUCAAACACGGUUAGAGGCUGUUUAAGUGCUGCGGCUUGUUAUCGGGUGGCCUGGGGUCGGGUGCACAGUCGUGCUUGCUGUCAGUCAAGUGAUUUUAAAAUAUGAGCCGCUAGCAGCCAAGCAGAACGGCCAUGUACCCGGGACCCGAGCACAGAUUCAUGACAAGGUAGAUGGUUAACUAAAGUGUUCAUUUCUCAGGAUUACAAAAUGUAAACAGCUUAGCUAAAUGAUUUGAAUUAACCAAUCAAAGGCUGUGAGUAGUUGCCUUAGGGCAAAAUGUGGAAACCAGGGCAAAGUCUUGCCUCCGUGGUUAUGGAGUAGUGUCCAGACCCCGCGGAUGCUGGAUUACCCCAGGGGCUGUAGUUAUAAAGCAGUGGAUAGAUAUCCUGGGAUAAAGCAACAUGCAUGAAGUAACAAAAUGUCUGCGAGAUGGGCACGGCUGAGAACUAGAGAUGAGACUUGCCCUUUAGGGUUUCACAUCUUGCCCAGGGGUUGUAACCAUGGCACCUGAAGCGCUCAGUGACCAGUGGGGUACAUGCUUCAUGCUGUGAACGCACACGGACCUCGGAAUAGCUGUCACCUUGGCAACAGUCCUUAGUAGCACGAGAUGCAGUUCCUGUGUGCACCCUCUACUGACGACAAUGGCGCCGGCGCAGCAAAUAACGAAGCUUCUGGAAACUUCAUGGAUGUGGAUAGAAAGGAGGUGAUGGAUAUCAUCAGACCACCCAUUACCACACUAACAGAGACGAUGAGGACAGCGGUGCUGUGAGCGACUGUGGGUCGCGAUGACAUCGUCAGGUCGUGACUUGAGUGUGAACCUCAUGGCCGCCUUGUAGAAAGUUCUAGAUGAAGGCCUGCCGGGCUUUGCUAAUGUGCUGCUGUGCUGCUGUGAGGCCAAUAAAACUUUGGUUGACCCGACAUUUACAGUGAAGCAGUCAUUGUAGAACCCGCGCCAUCGGGGGAAGCAAGUGAGUGUCUCGCUAUGUAACCUACGGUGCGCCAGUCGUGCUACAACCGCCAUGUACGGCGUAACAGCUGUGCCAGAACCUGAGGUCUACACUGAACCAGUCUUCCUGGAACAGGCGUCUGAAGUGAACCAGUCUCCCAACGAGUGGUUCAUCGACAUGACUACAGGACAUCUGUCACGUGACCUCCCGCUCCACCGAGCCUGCCAGCCCAGUAAUCCAAG